AUGGUGGCCUCGGUAGGAAUACCAUCCGAUCUUACUGCCGGCGGCAGAGCGAUGAUGUUUCGAUUCCUCGACGCUUAUCUGAACUCGAAAAUUCUCUACGCACUAUUGUAUGUCAUCAACAAAUGCUGGCCAAUCCGACGCGCUUUAGUUGUUAUAAUCAUUCUCCUUCACGCCCUGAUUACUGUCAAUUUUGCUACCACUUGGUCAUUUACGAGCUCCGCAUUCGUUGGAAACGGACAAAACUUCUAUACCGUUUUUUCAAAGUUCGUUGAGAUAGCCGACUUGGAAGCAAUCUAUUGGGAGACGGGUAUCACAGCCAUCAUCAGUACUAUUGUCACAGAUUUAUGCAUAAUUUGGUUUUGCUGGAUGGUUUGGGGGCGGCGCUGGCUUGUGAUCCUGCUUCCAAUACUUUCCUUAGUUUUCGCGGUUGUCUCAAAAUUCUUAGAAGUGUAUCACCAAUACGUCAGCAGAUCUGCUGGCGCAUUCGUUACGGUUUAUGUAUCCCUUAUUCUGUUGACGACCUUAUGGUGUACCACACUCAUCAUUUACCGCAUUACGACUGUUGCCGGAGUUAGGCAUGGAACAGAGGGCCGGUUCAGAGCUUAUCGCUAUUUCAUUGAAGUGCUAGUUGAAUCGUCAACUCUGUACUCAGUAUCUCUGAUCCUUUAUUUGGCUUUCGCAAGUCGCAGUAAUUUGGUUGGCAUCUCUAAGGUAAUUGCUCCAACGCUUCUGAUAGGACGUAUCACGGCAGGACACCGGGCCCGCCCAGAUGAUUCCUGGCAGGGAAGCGUGAUGGCGUCAGCCUCGAUUAGGUCGCAGUCGCAAGAUCGUAGUCGGAUUAGCUUCCAGGAAGACGAGCCGACAAGUCCAAUGCUCGAUGUCCUCGAGUCUCAGCGCGAGAUUUCUCUUAGGGAAGCUUCUCCAACACUUCGCUCUGUCUGUGUCGUGGCCGACCAUAGCCGACCUAACAGUAACACUGACGUUUCGCCGGAGAAUGUCACAUCCUCACCUCGCCUCGGGAAUCAUUCACUCUUUCACGACAGCUAUAACCAGACGAGUGAGGUUGUCACUCGCGGUUCUACCAUAGUGGACGAGGCAGCAGUUUCGAGUUGGUGA